CUUCACUUCCAUUGCCUCACCAGCGAACGAAGAAAGGGCACCUGCAAACGCAUGUCUCUUCACACGUCGAGGGAAUUUGUAUUGUCUGCUUUAUUGGGGCGGCUGGGAAUGGGCUCAGUGUGAUCUCAUCCUGGAUCUAUCAACUUAGCACCUGUCGCUUCCCCGCUAUCAACCUACCGUACUUGCACCCUCAAUGACAUAUCUACUACUACCGACGCGUUCUCUUCCCCAACUCUCUGGUCUCGCUUGAUACCUUCAGCCCUCAGCCUAGAAACCCCCUAACCCUCUCGCCUCCCGGCGCUUUUUCUUCUAGCAUCUAUCGUCAGGAUGUCCGAUCAGGCGAUCCUUCGUAUUACUAGAGAAAUCAAACAAAUACAGCAAGGCGCAGACCUCUCUCUCGCGGUGCAUUAUGAGGACUCUGACAUCCGAAAUGUCCGUGCCGUCAUUCUUGGCCCACCAGACUCUCCCUACCAGUUCGGUUUCUUCGAGUUCUUGGUCAAGUUCGGCAAAGAUUAUCCAGGAUGCCCCCCGACUGUUCGCGGCUUGACGACAAAUGGUGGGCGAACUCGCUUCAACCCGAAUAUCUACUCCUCAGGCAGGGUUUGCUUGUCGAUACUUGGAACGUGGCGUGGCGAGCGCGGUGAACAGUGGUCAUCGGCGCAAUGUCUGGAAUCGAUCCUAAUUUCGAUCCAAAGUCUCAUGUCAUCCAAUCCUUAUGAGAAUGAACCAGGCUAUGAUGAGGCGAAGUCACCAACUGACAAGCAGAAUAUGGACGCAUACGUUGCCAAGAUACGCCAUGAGACCCUACGAGUUGCAGUUAUUGAGCCCUUAGAGGUGUCACUAAACAUCUUGCCGGAUGCUGAUGUGGACUUUCUGACCAGCAGAGCAUCUGACAGUGACGACCAAAUCGUGUAUGACGAUGAUAAGCCCUGCUAUGACCCGUUUUCGGAUUUUCGGAAAACCCGCUUUCUGUGGUAUUUUGAAUCAUACAUGCAGUCUAUUGACGCUGCGGUGAUGGAGAGCCCGCCCCAAACCAAAUUUAAGAGAAUGCCCUUCGAGUCUGGCAACAAUGCGAUGGACGGUGUCUUUGACUAUCCCGAGCUGAAACGGCGAAUUAUCGCAGUCAAAGAAAAGAUCAUGGACGAAACACACCAUUGGGCCGUGGAGGGGCUUGUGGCCAAAGAGCAAGAGUGGGGUAUAGCAGCGAGUCUACAGCGGCAGUACGAGCAAAUCGUCGAAAGCCUCAAUCAUCAGAGUAACAUCACAGUCGAUCUGAUUCUUGUCGAUGAGAAUCCUUUCGUUUGGAAACUUACAUAUUUCGGUCGGCCCAUGACGCAUUUGGACGGUGGUAUGUUCACGAUAAUGAUCUAUUUGAGUCCACGCUUUCCGGAAGAACAGCCCCGUGUCUUCAUGGACACGAAUUUCUUCCACGUCCGUGUAUCCAAAGAGGGAGUUCUAUGCUACGUACCAAAACGGACAGAAGAGAUGCGCUAUCAUAUCGAAGGGAUCGUUGCAACUCUAGAAGAAGAACACCCACCCUACGAUCCACGAACCACUGUGAACCCGGAGGCGACCAGGUUGUUCUGGGGUACUCCCAGUGAUCGCAAAAAGUACAACCGAGAGUUGCGGCGAUCGGUGGAACGUACAGUGUAGGCCAAUGGACCUUGAAUGCUUUCAUAUGAUGCUAAUGCAAAUGAUUAGGGAGGCGUCGUAGGGCAUUUUAUGCGCGCAGCCCUUCGAAGCUUCAUUUCUGAGACAGUUUCG